CUUUUUGGAGCCCACAGCACGCUCCCCGCGCCGAGAUUCCUACCACCCACCUCCCUCAGUUCCCAACCACAUCGAUGGCAUUCUUUUGGGUAGAGGAGCGCGCGCAUUGGAAAAUCAAGAGCUGGGCGACACGGCACUGCUUGGAAAUCAGUCGCGGAGAGAAUCUCGAGUCGCUCCGACCUGUCGAGGAUUGGGUUCCGUUCCGCUCCGCUCCGUUCUGUUCCGUUCUGUUCUGAGCAAGGAAAAUCGCAGAGCGCAGAACACCAGAACGCAGCAAUCGAAUCGAAUGGCAGCCAGCCCCCGUGAAAAAAGCAGGAAAAUAAUAAAAUAUGGCCGAGGGCGAGAUGUGAAAAUCGGGAUGUGAAAGUGCCCCCAGUGAGGUGGAGAAAUAAUUGCAGUUCCGCGCACACCAAAUCGCUGAAAUUUCGAAAAAAAAAGCCCAAAAGCAGGGAAAAUAUAAAAUCAAAGUGCGAGCAAAACAAUUUCGGGGGCGAAAAAAAAAGAAAAUAUACACUACACUCAUACAAACACACACACACCCCACACACACACACACACAGAUUCCGAUUUCGAAUCCAAUUCUAGUGGCAAAAAUUCGUAUGUACUCGUCGUUGGUUGCUCCCAAAAAAACAUACAUACAUACAUACAUAUGUACCAGUGAGCGCGUCGUCGUCCCCCGCAAUCCUCGCGAGCAGCAGAAAAACAAUGAGAUAGAGACAGAGAUAACCAGAGGUGGUCAACAAAGGAGCAGGCGAAGCAGCAGCUGAUUUGUGAUAAGUGCAACGACCAGAAGUGCAAUUAGCUGCCUACAUGUUGCAGCUGUUGCAGCAGCAACCCAAACAUCAGCAGCAGCAGCAUCAGCAGCAGCAGCAGUGGCAGCAGCAAAAAUCACGCAUACGCCCUGUCAGACCAAACAAUGCUGCCACCUACAUACAUCAGUGUAAUGAGUGACCACGGGCACAAGAAAUAAAUAAAAGGCAGCAGCUCCAGCUGCUCAUAAAUUUCGUAACACCGUGGAAAUGUGCCCCUUGGUGCUAACGGGGCCAUAGGAUCUCUCUCUUGCCCCCAUAGAUUUCCGACCGUAAAUCCGCAGCGGAGUAAAUGUAAAUGCCGUAGGCGCCACCGCCACCACCCGCGCGCACCACCAUACGCAGGCAGCACCACUACCAACAACAAAAACACCACAAUCACCACCACCACCCGUACCACCCGUACCACCCAGCCAGCAGCAGCAGCAGCAACCAAAAAUCAGCCCACGCGAAAGCAAAGGGAGCAGCAGCAGCAGCAGGGACCGAGCACCAAGUAACCAUUGCAAUCAGGACCAGUUACCAGUACCAGUUACCCAAGGAUUACCUACCUGAUCAGAAAUAUUUCGGCAAUUCCACAAAUUCGUACUCCUCGAAUAUCGAGAAAUCUGUGGAAACCACAUAGCACAAGAAGAAGAAGAAGAAUAAGAAGUAGAAGAAUAAGGCAUGUAAAAUCCCCCAAGGAAAAGCUGAGAAAAAAUAAAACAAAACGAAAACUAAAAUCAAGAGCACCAGAGAGACCGAAACGAAAGAGAGAGAGCGAAAGCGAGUACGACACGGAGAGUGGGAACUUUCGAUAAAAAAUUAUUAGCAAAAACAUAAAUACGUAACGGCCUCGUUCUCCUCCCUUACCCUCACCCGCCACCUCUGGCCAAGAAGUCGAAGGAAGAGGACAAGGAGAGCGAGCGCAGGAGAGAGGAGAGCCGCCAGCAAAAGAGAGAGAGAGAGAGAGAGAGUGGGAGAAGAGGUCGCGCGAACGGGCGAGUGGGCAGGUCAGUGGCAGUGGGCGGUCCGCCAGCUGGGGCAGCGCCACCACAUCACCACCCAUCUCCAGCGCCCAUCUUCAUCUCCGUCUCCCCUCUCACCGCCAGUUCCCAGCUCCAUUACCAUCGCCACCGCCAGAGUCAACCUCAACUUUCAAAGGGCAGGUAGCGGCAUGUCCUGCACCGUUUCGGAGCUGCCCAGUGGCUGUCGACUGCGCGGCAUGACUGCAUCCUCCCAGCAGAGCGGGGCCAACAACAGUGGCAACAACGGCAAUGGGAACGGGAAUGGUAAUGGCAACGGCAACGGGAAUGGCAACGGAGGAAGCACCGCCGGCGGAGGAGGCAUAGUCGGCGGAGGAGGAGGAGGAGGAGGCAGCCUGGGCGGAGUAUCGCCCACUGUGGGCGGCGGCGGGUCCACGUCCAAUGUGCUGCAGGAAUCCAAUGCGGCCACGUUGCAGCGGCCGCAGUCACAGAAGCCGUGCUGCUUCUGCUGGUGCUGCUGCUGCUCCUGCUCCUGGGCCAAGUGUCUGGCCAUCAAGAAUGCCGAUGAAAAUGCGCCCACGAAGCGGGAUCUCGUUAAUGCCGAAUUCCUAGAUGGCGAACAGCCCACACUGGAGGAAAUCCGUAGCUGGGGCAAGAGCUUCGACAAGCUGAUGAAAAGCUCAGCCGGUCGGAAGGUGUUCCAGAACUUCCUGCGCAGCGAGUUCAGCGAGGAGAACAUCCUGUUCUGGCUGGCCUGCGAGGACCUCAAGAAGGAGGGCAGCGCGGAGGUUGUGGAGGAGAAGGCGCGCCUCAUCUACGAGGACUACAUCUCGAUACUGUCGCCGCGGGAGGUGUCCCUGGAUUCGCGGGUCCGCGAGAUUGUCAACCGCAACAUGAUCGAGCCCACGACGCACACCUUCGACGAAGCUCAAAUCCAGAUCUACACACUGAUGCACAGAGACUCAUAUCCGAGAUUCCUAAACUCACAAAAGUUCAAGACACUCGCUCAACUGCAAGACAACUCGAAUGCCGGCUCCAAGGCGGAUAGUCCCACCUAGAGACCUAAGGAGGAUCAGGUGGGAAGCCAGGAUCGGAUUCACGAUUCCGAUGGAGCUGUGUUGAUUUCCGUUACUGCUCUUCAUUAGUAUUUCACUGGGCCACCUCAUCCUCAUCCAGCCACCGGCGCUGCGGCAAUCGACUAAGCAAUAUGUAUCCAUUAGUAGAACCAUUUAAAAGUUUUGCUCGCAGCAACGAAGGAUAAUCGGAUGCCGGCAAAGGACCCAGACGAGAUGUGCAUUAUACGUGAAACGGAUUCCUUCUCUCUACUUACGUUCUAGUCGUUAACAAACCAAAGAGUUAGUCAGUCGUUUAAACUAAGAGGAGCCAAGAGGAGCGACCACAGAAAGCAUUUUCCAAACACAAAACAAAAAGCGGUUCCAGAAACAUAGCAAGUGAACACGAAACGAGCGACACAAAUAGCAUCUAUUGUAAUACUAGUGAUUUAAGAGACGUAUUAAUCAAAUUGCAACAAAGAUUACGGAACCCGCUAACCGAUAAGUAAACUUAAACAGAAAUACUUUUUCCAAAAACGACCGAAAAGAAAAACAAAGAAAUGAAACCAAAAAAUCUUUU